UCGUUUAUGUCAGCAAGGUUCAUCCGUCGGCUCGGUCAGACAUGUUUUGCUAGACAAACGUGAAGGUUCUGUUUUGUGUCGCGCGCGCGAUAUAGCUAGUUCUCACUGUGGGGGACAGUGCUGUGUACGAGAGGAAAAGAUAGAUAAACCGAGGGGUGGAACGGGUGUGUGUGAUUCCCUGUUACUGAAUAUAUACGACGAUGGAAGGACGCGGCCGCGGUCGAGUAGCAGUAGGAGGAACCGUCGUCGCCGGGCUCAAAACCGACGGCAAGAAGUGAAUCUUGUUUGCUGCCUCUUCGUUCAGUGUGAUGCGAGGCGAAAAAGUAGCAGCGAAAAAAGUCGCGAACAGAAAAUAGAUUCAGUGCAGUGAUUUUUGAAUUCGGAGGCAAUUUCACUAAAAAUAUGAUUACGACGAGUUGUGCGUUUUCAGUUGAUUGAUUGUUAGAUGGUGUAUAGGGUGCAUACUAACCGACCGAGCAUAAUAAACGAGCAAGGUCAGCAUCGGGAGUGACCAGCGUUUGGCGAACGCGAUUCGGUAGUGGUUCGCGUUUCACAAAAUUUAAGGGACUAAAGGGAACUUUGCCGGUAGACCCUGUCUCUUAUUUGGGCCUGUAGUUUCUGUGGUUUGUUCAGUAAACGCAUAGAAGCAAUUAGAUGCCUCUGUAAAAGAAGGAAACUGAUAAAUAUAAAUAAAACGUUGCGUAAGUACAGCUCUCCUUCUCCAACCAUACGUCGCGUGUUGCCGAGUUUCGGACCGAAUUUGCAAAUUUUUUCGCUGUGAAGAGACAGACUCCCGUCUCCCCUGAAAAAGUCUGAGUAUGAACACACAAGAGUACUGUCGGGCAGCAGAGCGGAAGUAACAGGAAACGAAGCGCGCGCGGGAGACAGAGAGCUUCGGUUAUACCGCGUGUGAGCGAGUGAGCAGAAAAGUGGAGAAAGCAAAAAUUGAAGUAAUUUUAGUGCCAAUUAAAAUUAAAAGUUUGCGAGCCACAGGCGUAAUCCCAAAGCAGCAAGGCGAGGAACCGUGUAGUGUACCGAAAGGGGAAAGAUUCUUGGCACAUGGUUUCCGCUGCUGCUGGGUAGCCUGCACUUGCACCGACACUGGCACUGUCUGGUCGGUGAUAAAUUUUUCGCAAAUGCAUCCCACAAACUAGCCGACGACAACGACCAGCGAUUCGCAUCGAGUGCAAAGCGCAGUGGUGCAGCUCUAAGGAAAAAAAAAGUGACGGAUGACAAAAGCGGCGCAUCGCGUCCCGAACGACUGAGUUUCCGUGUCGCGUCAUCCAACUACCCCCGCCGGGGGCAAUUUCAAUGUGCGUCAUGCGACGGAUCCUGCCACCCUCAGCACUUGGAAUGUCCUAUUCCGCCACGCUCGCGAGUGGUGCCAGACUGUGGUGCACCGCCUGAAGAUGCGCAACCCAUAAAGCACAGAGGUGUGGGUGUUGUUCUACUUGCUUAGGGAGUGUGUGGAUUAGAAAAGAGCUAAUAUUCCGAUUGGAAAAAAUGUGUUUGUUCUGUUAGAAAACAAGAAAAAAUAGUGUCGGUGUGUGCAUCGUUUAAAUGCCCGACGCCCUCCCAGUGCAAUGUGAUGAUACCAAAAUAGGGCCAGGGAGGAAGAAAUAUAUAAGCGACAAGUGUGCUACGUAUCGGGAAAAUGACGGGGUUCUGACGGACCCAAAAAUAUCGACCGUAUUUUGUCCUAUAGGAAUGUUGCGCCAAUAAAACGCCGCAGGUGGGGUUUGUGGCUUUCCGGUUUGCCAUAAAAUGAAGUGAAUGUGUGUGCUGUAAAAAUUAUGGAAAUGUAUGAAUCGUAAAGUGAAAUAAUACCAAGAAGCAACGUAGUGUGUGCUUGUGCACGAAGAAAAUAAAGUAUCAAGAAAAGAAUUUAUUGAAGAUCAAGGAGAUUGCUAUUUUUGUCAAUCUCGUCACAAAUCUCUUGCCGAGAGCAUCCGAUCGAGGAACAGAAACAAAUCAAGCUACAACUAUGACCGAGUACGUACCGCCACAGCUAAUAACCGUGCUGAAAACCUACCAAGACAAUGCCCCCAAAGGUUUACACGGUCCUGGCCUAUCACUGGUCCAUCCCAGUAAGAGUGGAGCCAUCGGUAGCCGACCGAUGGAACGGUCCGAAACACCAGAACAUCCCGAUGAACCGGGCAACUGUUUGAUUGUCCAGCCAAUCACUGGCCCCCUGCCAAUGCCGUCACACCCGAUAAUGACCACACCGGAUCCGGAUUGUGGUGUAGUACAACUCACGGUACUCGAAGGCAAAAAGAUCGGUUGUUUUCUGCUUGGUGGCGAAAUGCGACUAUGUCUGCCCCAGAUAUUCAACAACAUUCUGAUGGAUUUUUCUGUCGAACAGAUAAACCGCAGCAUUCAGGAACUAAUGAUCUACCUGUACAAUUGCACCGAUCAGCAGCUACAGGAGUUCAAACGCGCCAACAUCAUCCCGGAAACGGCCAAAACGUGCGGUUUGAUCACCCGUACCAAUGCCGAGCGGCUGUGCAGCUACAUGCUGCACCAGGCGGAUGUGGCCCGAAACCGCAAGGGGGGAACCUUUUUCCGGGUGUACCACCGGUGUUUCGGCAAGUGUGAAGGUAUCUUCACGGCCGAACUGUACUCAUUUAAGGAGCCGGCCUGCAUCGAGUGUUGCGAGUGUCAGGGCAUGUUUUCACCGCAGAAGUUCGUCUGCCAUCAGCACGAUCGGCACGAGAACCGUACCUGUCACUGGGGUUUCAAUUCGAGUAACUGGCGUGCCUACAUCCACGUGGCACUGGAUGAGGAAAAUCGUGACGCUUAUGUGAAACUGCUGGAGGAAAUUUGGAACCAGGAACGGGAGACGGAGAUGGAGAUGGAGCUGCAACGGGAGUACUGGAUCGCUAAAAGAAAGGCAAUUGAUGAUGUCACUGCCCUGGUGACGAUCAAGACGGAACCGCUGAGUGACAUUCCACUGAAGAAGCAAAAGCUAAUCAACGAUGCCACCCUGUACCAGUGUAGCCGGCAGACCAGUUCAGCAUUUCGUCCAUGGACGCAGAAAGCACAAAAGUACGCACAACAGCAGCUUCUGCUGCAGCAUAUGGCGUACAACGGAAAUGGCCUCAUCAACGGGGUGGUAGCAGGAGCCGUCUCUCCCGGAGGAAUUCUGGGUCUCAGCCAGGAGCCCCCGUUACUUCAGAACCCGGAAAGCGUUGUACGAUUGUCGGAAAGCGAUAAGUUCGAGAGAAGUUUUCAGCCAAAUGUUGCACUUGCCCCACGAAAGACAAUUCUGUGUAAAGAACGGGAAAGGGAAAGAGAGCGUGAGCGGGAACGGGAGCGAGAGAGGUUACCAGAGAAGGAACGGUCGGUAAUCAAGUGCGAUGUACAAAUUAAGCAGGAAUGUCCACCGACGCCGCCAGCUGAGGUGAUACGAUCGGUGAUAAAGUGCGAUGUAAAAAUUAAACAGGAACGACCACCAACGCCAUUACCACCGGAAAUGUCGCCAGGUCCACGAGUACCUUCUCCGCAAUCCCCUUCACUCCCUCCAGCAGGUCCUGCACUUCUUGGUGGAUCCAUAACAGUCGUUCCGAUGCCAUAUAGUCCGGUCGCCGAUGUGGUGCACUCCGGAUCAAACGAAAUAACCUCAUCCACCUCACCUGUACCUCCUCCGGUCAACAUGACCACCAUAAACGGUUGCAUCUCAGAAAAACCAAAGCUGUUGGUCAAAGAACAGAUCAGUCCUCCCUCGCCCCGUCGAACACCCGGACUGCUGAAUGAGGAACUGCAUCAUCAUCGAUCUCAUCAAACGUCGGCCGUGAUUUUGACAAACGGUAGUGGCCCAGUUUCAGUUCCAGGACCGCCUAUCAUGGGCAAUCCUGAGUUUGAGCUGUCUACUGACACGGACGAUGAUAGUUUAGCAGGAGAACCUGAUAGUAGUAAUAACUCGAUGGCCCCUCUGGAAAUUAUAGGAGAAGUGAUGAAAGACGUGGCUCAUGAGACUCGAGAACAGAUACUGAACAUCUUCAAACUGCUGAUACAAGAAACCGCACAAAUUCGAAACGAACAGUUACGGCUAUUGGCAGAGCACAAGCAAAAAGAUGAUUUGCUGGCAGAACUCCAGCGUGACAGGGACAGUUUGCAGCAACAAGUGCAGCAACUUCAGCAGCAGCUGAAUCGAUCUCUCAUAAAAAUUGCUACAUCGGAAGCAAACGCCAUCCAAAUGCAAAAGCAGCACCAACAAGAAUUGGCCACAGUCAGUGCGAUUGCUAACACCAGCUCCUCCCACGCAUCUACUGCACUAUCACCACCUCUCUCAUUAGCUUCCAACAGCAGCAACAGCCAAAUUGUGAUCGAAAAGAUCGAACGACGAAACAGUUUUCCGCAAAAAUCCGAUGUUAUCAUGAAGCCGCUGAAAAAAUCUCUUCGUCGUAGUCCGGAAGAUUCGGUGCUUAUGUUGCAGUCUCCACCACCGCCUCCUCCUCCACUACCACCACCACCCCCACCGCCACCGCCGCCAUCAUCAUCAAUAGCCCUGUCGAUUCCAGUUAGUCUAUCAAUUACUGCAUCCAGUUUGCGAAUCCCGGAACCGACCGGUGAAGAUGAUGACAAACUUUCAGCGCACAAUCAGCAAUCACCAGUGGCGACCUCCCUUCCGACCAACAAUUGUGGAGUAAUAACAUCCCCGUUGCCUCGAUCACCAUCCAGGCCACCAUCGACUGCUUCGACGGCAUCCAACGGAUCCACGAAUUCGUCAUCGGCGGUAGGGCUGGAAAACGGCUCCGGCGUUACGCCGGUCAGCCCGGCGAGCAAGGAGAUCAUCAAAAGUGCUAAUAACUGAUAGUUCAUCAUUUACCUUUGCUAAAAGGGAUGUUACGCUCGAGAUUGGGAGCAACGCGUUGCUAGCAUAGAAUACGCUCUCUUCGCUUAGCGAGUCGCUCCCGGAUGGUAUCCCAGACAGAGAACGUACCAAAGCCAUCCUUAAACCAGUUGGAUCCGUACUCAUUUAUCAUUUAUUAUUAUUUUUAAAAGGUGUCAUCUUGAUGAUACACCGUGCAUUGAAAAGUAGAACUUUUAAGCUUCAUUGUCGAUAUUUUUCCCACCAAAUAAUUUGGCUUCAUUUAUUUAUAGACACCGUUACGAGCCGCAUGCUAAUUAAGAUUAGAACAUUAGCGAAUAAGGAAACAAAAAACAAAUUGACGGGCAAACGCAUGAUAGUGGUUAAACGAGUCUUAUUCGCUACGUCAGUUAUCGUAACUGUUUGUGAAAAAGAAGUAGAAAGAAACAUCAAGGAGAAUGUUGAGUCUGUAAUUUGAAACCGAAGCAAACUGUAUUUGCAAAAUUAAUACAAGUAAAAGGCGAAAAAAGUACUCAGUAAUUAUUUUAACCACUAAGUGGUUUUCAAAGUCUUGCGUAGUGACUUGUAAAAAGGUGUAACAAAUAUUUCAUUCGUGAGUUUAGAUCGAAAGGGUCAAAUAAAGUAAAUGCGUUGGCAAGCAAGCGUCAGCUCUAACGAAUUCAUUGUGUUUGAACCUAGAUUUCAAAAUGACAAUACAUUUGGAAUGCAUCUGACGGUACUUCAAACGUUACAUAUAUUUAGUGUCUAACGUCAAUAAACUAUUUGACAAGGCCAAUCAAAUGUCUAGCAUGUGUGGGCAACAAUAACAAUAAACGAUUGAUAUUUGUUCAUAGCAUCUCAGGUCUCAUUUUCGAUAUUUUAAAAAUUUUGAACGAUACUGGAUUGUGUGUGUUGUAAACAAAAAAACCCGUUUUUCUGAGCUACCGGAUAACGUGCAUUACAAAUUAUUGUUUAUUUUGAAUCGCCUCAAAUAUACUACUACUCAUAAAGCUUGGUAAAAGAACUCACUAUCUUAAGUAUUUUGUAUUCUUUCAAAACAUCUUUUUCGUUAUAGUGGUCAGUUAAAAACACUUCUUUAUAAACUGGUAACUUUAACUAUACAGUCUGUAUAAAAGCUAAGUACACUACCCUUAUCUAGUAUAAGUUAUUCUAGCACCUACAGUCUGCACUUUUUCUGUUGGUUUUUUAAACAGAAAAAAUGUAAAAAUUCGUUUCCUUAAAUAUUUGCCACGACAAUGGCAUUCAAAAUGCCUCUAAGUUAAAAAAAACGAAAUAAAACAAUCGAAAAACAUGAAAAAAAGAAACAUAAAUUGCAAUCGCUAAGAAAAAAAGUGCUCACCUUUAGAGUUUGGUUUCAAAAAUCAAACGUCGAACUCCUUAUUUAAAAUAUACUACACUGCUACCAUGUAUAAACAUAACUUUUGUCGACGAGCUUUCGGAAGCACCGCCAU